ACUUUGGUUCUUUUAAGCUGAGGCACACCUAACACAAGGAAUUAGUUUUUUACUAACUAAUUAGAUAGUUUGGAGGAAGCAGCUCCAGGAAUGGCCUCCAGAAUCACAGCUCAGAACUGGUCGUCAGGGAGCUGCCAUGCUGCCUAUCCUGCAGUCUGGGAGCUUAGGUGUGGUCAGGGGAACUAGAAGCCAUCCUUGUCCAGAGCUGACAGGCUGGCUGCCUUUUGCUCCAUGGCUUUUCUUCCCAUUUCACUCUGUCUCAAGUUUGUGUGCCUCUCUAGUGGACCUGAUUAGCAGACCUCUGAUCAUGUCUGAAACCCUAGUUGCUAAGUGUCUGCAGGGGAUCAAGUACAACAGAAAGAUUUUGGAAAGGAUGGUUGAAGAAACCACAUACUACAUCUGCCACACUUCCCUGAAAAGUGAAGAAGUAUUUAUGUCACCUCCGAUAUAUGCCUUUCAGUAGAUGGGGUCCAGAAAGUUGAAUUGGAGCGCGGCAGAGGGAGAGGGGCUGGAGCGAAGGUCCCCUCAGGAGGGUGAAGGGAUGGGUGGCCGAAGCCAAAGGAAUAGGAGAAGUCACCCACGUGUGCUUGAACGCCAUUCGCUGGAUGUUCUUCCAGAAACAGGAAAGUGGCUUUGCAGCUGAGGACUGGUGUGAAGGUGCAGAUGACUGGGGAAGUGGCAUUGAGGAGGUGCCUUCACCACAGCUUACCUUGGACUUUGGAAACGAUUCUAACAGCGCCAAAGACACAGACUGGACUGCUCAGCUCCAGGACCUCCACCUGCAAGAUGCUGUCCGGGAUGCUGCUUAUCCUGUACCUCCUGGGGAACAGAUGGCCUUGUCCGCAGUGGUGCCCCAGUUCCUGCCCUACUACAUCUGCGUUGCAGAUGAGGAUGAUUACAGGGACUUUGUCAGUCUGGAUCAUGCCCACAGCCUACUGAGGGACUAUCAACAGAGAGAAGGAAUUGCCACGGAACAGUUGCUUUCCCAAAGUCUUUCUAGUGAUGGAGAUGAAAAAUAUGAGAAGACUGUAGUUAAAAGUGGAGAUCAGAUGUUUUACAAAUUUAUGAAGAGAAUUGCUGCUUGUCAGGAGCAGAUUUUAAGGUAUUCCUGGAGUGGAGAGCCACUCUUUCUGACCUGCCCUACAUCUGAAGUCACUGAGCUCCCAGCCUGCAGCCACUGUGGAGGCCAGAGGACAUUUGAGUUUCAGCUUAUGCCAGCAUUGGUCAGCAUGCUCAAAAGUGCUAAUUUAGGUCUUUCUGUGGAAUUUGGAACAAUUCUCGUUUAUACAUGUGAGAAGAGCUGCUGGCCUCAAAAUCAUCAGAUUCCCAUGGAAGAAUAUUGUAUUAUACAAGAAGACCCAGAUGAAUUAUUAUUUAAGUAGAGCAUUUCGUUUUAUUUUUAUAAAUUAAAAUAAAUUUUAAUGUCUAAA